AUGCUUGAAGAAAAUAUUAAACCAUAUCAGAUCCGAGUAUAUGAAGAGGCAAUCCACCACAAUGUAAUUGCCUUUAUGGAUUCAAAUGACUACAAAACUCUGGUUUCUAUCAUGCUGAUUGAUGCAAUUACCGAGAAACUACCACUUGUACAUGUUCAGCCUUCUCAACAAACCUAUUCCACCAGUGAAAACAACUUGGCUGUUUCGACCUAUCACAUCCAGAACUCAGAAACCUUGAACUCUCGCAAGACUAUUGUAUGUGUUGGAACCAAAGGAGCUGUCAAGGAAAAGGCAAAUGAAAUCCAUCAGUAUACCGAUCUAGUAGUCAGGGGUUAUUCUGGGGAGGAAAGCAGUUCUAUAUCACAUCUUGAUUACAAUCACUGGCAAAAAGAGUUUUCAAACAGCCAAGUUCUGGUCAUGCCACAACAGCUAUUCGUCAAUUUAUUGACUCGAAAAUAUCUCGAUCUUUCCAAGCAUAUAUGCUUGAUUAUAUUCGAUGAAUGCCACCAUUCUCGUAAUGCACAGGAGCAUCAGGCUAUUAUGAACGGAUUUUAUUGCCAUAUCCCAGUCCGUUCUCCACGACCCAAGAUCUUUGUGGUUUCUUCCAUACCUAUCCACUCUAUAUCUAUGAAUUUGAAAGAUCUGGAGAAAAAUUUGAAAGAUUUAAUGGUAAUGUUUAGUUGUCAGACCGUAGUAGUCCCAGAUAGACGUCAAGACAAUAUUCAGCCCAGAAACACAGAUGUCACAGUGCUUGAAUAUGAUUCAACCACCAAUGAUUUCAAUAGCCUUUUUACUUUUCAUUCAACUGAUUCUCAUGAUAGAAAAGAACUGCAAAGCUAUUUUUGCAAGCUCCCACAGGCGAGAGAUGGUGGCAAUGCAUUUUCAGAUGAAUCGUACACUGUUUCUACACAACAGCUCGAUGACGAAAUAGCAGCAGCUCAGCAUUUCAUUCAACUACAACAUGAUACGGUAUCCAUAGAUUCAAAGCGCUUGAUAGUCACUGAAAAACAAUUAAAAAGGAUCCGAGCAACUUUUUCAGAAUUGGGUGUGUGGUGCACGAUCAAGUUGGUCAAAGAGAUCCUUGGUGUUACACACGCAGCUGCUUCAAAAAAACGAAAGGCAGUGCAUCUUGACGAUACUUUUACCGACACUGAUUGGCAAUCAAGUUUAAAAUCCAGCAGCACCAAUUCUUUGCCCAGUCAGAAUGAUUACACGUCUAUAUCUGAGAUUCCCACUGCUGAUAUCAGCAUCAAAGUGCAUACACUCCUUAAAACACUUGCAAAAAAUCAUAAUCAAUCCACUGACACUAUCAAUUUUGGUAAACAACCCUUUCAAUCUUUGGUCUAUGUGCAUGAUGAUCAAACUGCAGAAAAACUAUGCAAUCUCAUCCAAUGUAGUGCUUUUCAAAAGUAUCCGUUUAUUAGAUGUGGAUUUAUUAAUGGGUCAACUAUUCACAUGAUGAACACUGAAUCACCCAGCUAUUCUGUUUCGCACUCUGUGGUAGACCAUGCUUUUGAAAAAGGCACUAAUUCUACUCAAAACACUCUUCAGAGAUUCAAAUCUCGAGAAUUGAAUGUGCUUGUUGUUUCGAAUUUUGGACAAAACAGGUGUCAUUUACCAAAGUGUGGGCUGGUUAUUUUAUUCGAUUGGCCACGCAAGCAGCUCUGUUAUGAGAGAUUGAAGGGAUAUACUGGAGGCGUACCUGGUUCACAGUUUAUUGUAAUGGUAGCAAAAGGACACUCAAAACUGAAAAAAGCAAUUGCUAAAGCAGAGUCAAUUGCUUCCUUUUCUUGCUCGGUGGUUCAAAAGCUAUAUCGAUUCAAAAAAAGCAGUCAUCAAGAAGAUUUGCAAAACGACAUGGUACCAUUUUUAACACUUGUGAAAACAACACACGUAGAUGACUUGGUUGGACCACUAUUGUUUGGUAAACGCAAAAGUGUAUUUCGUACUCGCAAAGGCACGAUUUUAGCUCGGGCCGAUGCAAAGAGAGUUUUAGAUUUUUACCUUGUUUCUAAAUCAAACUCGGAACAGUUGGAUUGGCCAACAUCUAUAUACCAAACCGUUAAAAAUGGAUACAAGUCUAUAUCAAAUUACAUGCCAUGGGACGAGUAUCUGCUAAAAAUCUCGCAACAGUAUCUUGAAAAAGUCUAUGCUACAUCUGAAUCUGAUCCCAAGCAUGAAAACUCUACCAUUAUACAUGGUGCUGGUAUCAAUGCUGAUGGUUUGUUGUAUAGUGGAUCGACUAGAUUUGAUAUAGAUUUAUCAGAUUCAGAAAUGGUAGCAAAGAUGUGCCCAAAGGAGCCAAAUAUUGGAUAUAUAUGCGUAGUGAAGAUUCCACAAUGGCUCACUCUCAAAAUUGAUACAAUUAUUGGAAUGUGGCAGCUUACUGAAAAACUUGCUUGUGAAGACUCUGCUCUCGAGGCAUGCCGAGUUUUGUAUAACAUGGGGGAAUUGGACGAACGCUUACAGCCUCGGACGCCUGUUAAAAGCCUCUCUAAAUCUACAAUCGACGCUACAAAAACCGUGCAUUCCAAUAUUGUUUUGCCAGAUAGUCAUUCAAAUCAACUUCCACAAAACCAUACCAACCAUGAGACUGGCCAUCAUCGCUCUAUUCCACACUCAUUUAGCAACUUUUCGUCCAAGUUGGGUACAACUAAUAAAACAGAAACGCAUUCAAGAUUUGUCACGGUCAUUGACAUAAAUACCACUCACUCUAAUGCAUCUUUAGUAUUGCAGUCUGCUGCCGCUUUGUUAACCGACAGUUCAUCUGAUCAGCUCCAGACCGACUCUACACUGGCGCUGCUCACAACUGGCGCACUUCCUGGUAAUGCGUUGUGCGCUACAGAAUUAUGGUGUGAUCUUUCUUUUUCGUAUACACCCGUCGAUAUCCAUCCAUGGAGUAAAUCUGGCAAAGUGACUACUGCAACUGAGACAAAGUUUUCUGCUCAAGAAUAUGAGCAGAUUCUUCGAUUUCAGCAUCAGUUUUGGAAUCUAGUGCUUCAAAAUCAUGAUCGUUGUAACUGUGUAUUUGACGAGUCUUUGAGUGCAUCUACAAGUAAAAAAAACGACUGUUCUAACAAUGAUUCAAAUUCGAAUCUUUAUUAUGAAGUGGUUCCCAUGUACCGGCAAUCUGGUUGUGAUUGGGCCAUUAAUUGGGAUUUGGUAGAAUUGGUCAACUCUAGACGCGAGGUUAGCUUCUCUGAAUGGGUAUCAUUGUGCACUACCGUUCUUGAACCCCAUUCCUUGAUUACUGUUCAAAAUGUGAUUGAUUCUGGAAUUACUCCACCAAACGCUUGCUUUCCUAGCCAUCAGAGUCUAUAUCGUAUUUUUUCUGAUCCUCGCUAUGAUCACAGUUCUUUGCGGAAAUUGGUCAAUGAAAUAUCCCCAUUGCAUAAUUUACCAGGAAAGUACUCUACUUGUUUUUCAGCACCUAUUGUUGAUUUAACCAAAGAUAUUAUAGUAUAUACUCCUCAUAACAAUAUCAAGUAUCAGAUUAAAUGCUGGAGUGAAAAUUGCAAUGCCUAUUCUGAGCUCACUAUUGGAAAAGGCAAGGGCCAACACAUUACAACUUAUCAGGCUAUUGCUUCAUCUCAAGGCUAUACUGUCGAUCAUCCAAAUGCCAAUUUACUUAAAUGUGUACGUAUUCCUCAUAUCAAGGACUACAGACGCUCAUGUCAAGCCACCAAAAACAAACAUAAUUGUGUAGAUGAUAAUCAGAACCUAGACAAUCUUCCUCAACUGGUUCCAGAUGCAUUUCGCGUAUCACCGAUUUCGGCGAAACUUACUAUGGUAGCUCAUUAUUUGCCUUCCAUUCUUUAUUCACUUCAUACGGCGUGUCUUGCGGCCGAGUUUGAUCAAAAGUAUGGUUUAUACCCAAAGCAAAUUCCACUAUCUACUCUCAUGUCUGCAUUUACAACCCCAGCUGCAAAUAGUAUAACUAACUAUGAAAGACUCGAGACUUUGGGGGACAAGGUAUUAAAAUUCGGAGUCGCUCAUUAUUUACACAGUUCAUACCAGUCGUAUGAAGUCGGUCAGCUUUCCACGAUACUAUCAGGCCUUGUUUCAAACAAGAAUCUUUUUGAAAUUGCUCAACAACACAGUUUGACUGGCAUGCUGAAUACAGCGCCAUUUCAAUCCAAUUCCUGGACCCCACCAUCUUUUUGUUUCGAAACAAGGAUAUUCGUAGCACCUACCGCAUCUGUUGAUUGUUUAGACAAUCGUGUAUUUUGUGGAAAAAAGCAGUCGGACUUUAUCGAAGCCCUUUUAGGUGCAUAUUUUCUUGAAUGUGGGGUUGAGGCAGCUUUGCAUCUGAUGCGCACUUUUAGACUGAUAAAUGAGAUACCGCCGCAUUGUUUUAGACACGGCGACACUAAUAAGUUGCACGAUCAUCAAAUAUCGUCUAUGCAAAACCCCAUUCUCAGUAGAUUGGAUCAAGAAACCGUUGACCAUGUUCAACAGAAAUUGUCAUACAACUUUCAUAAUCCGGAACUGCUACUUAUUGCCCUCAUGACUCCAUUUUAUUUUGUCAAGAGCAAAUUUGAACGACUUGAAUUCUUGGGCGACGCAAUCAUGGACAUUUUGGUUGCACGAUAUUUUUAUCGACAUUAUAAACAUGCAGACCCAUGCUCACUUUCAAAAAUGAUUCAAGCGACGGUAUGCAAGCCUGCGUUUUGCAAAAUACUAGUAUCAUUAAAACUACACGAGCACCUUUUGCAAUCUAGUCAACUAUCUCAGCACUCCAAGGAAGCUAUUGUGCUUUAUGCUAAUUAUAUUCAAAAUAGUCAUUCUCAACAUGCAUUUAAACAGGCAGAUAAAGCAAUUGAUGGACCAAAAGUACUCUGUGAUGUGUUUGAGGUGAUUGUUGCAGCAAUAUUUAUUGAUACUGGAUACAAUCUGGAAAGAACCCGGUUGGUGAUUUUCCCGUAUGUACACAGCUUCAUUCAAAGCAAUAUUAAUCUUGAGACUAUUACUGAGCCACCUAUUCGGCAACUGUUUGCUUUUGUGCAAUCUCAGGGAUUUUCAUCGGAAAAACUAGAGUUAAGUGACGAAAGCAAUGCCGAUGGAUUUCACAAGGCGUCGGUAGUAUUUUAUGGAACAGUUCUUGCUACUUCCCAAGCUACGACUUUGAAGCUAGCCAAGCAACACGCAUCUAUAAAAGCUCUAAAUGUUUUGAAGCAUACCAAAAAAGCAACUUUGAAAGAUAUGGUCAAUUUAAACUCUUGCAAACAGUCAACUUUAUGA